AUGGCAUCGUCCGCCUCUGAAAUCACCAUCCUCCAAAUGGAAUCGCCUGGAAACGGAAGCACCGGUUACGAAGAAAACAGCGGCGCUUCAAGUCCGGGGGAUGGGGAUGGGAUUUUUUCGGCGGUGGAGACGAUGCUUGUGAAAUUCCAUGCAGGGUAUUUCCGAAUCGGAAUGUCGGUGGGUUGUCAAACGUUGCUAUGGAAAAUCCUAGCCGUAGAAAAUGAUGAUUUGCUUCAUCCCAUGGUUCUCAUUGUUCUGUGGUCAAUGGGUUUCUUUCUUCUUUUUUGUCUCUCUGUUUUUUACCUCUUGAGAUGUUUCUUUCACUUCCGGUUGGUCCAAUGCGAAUUUUUGCAUCAUGUUGGGGUUAACUACCUUUUUGCCCCUUGGAUUUCUUGGUUCCUUUUGCUUCAAUCCGCACCCUUUUUGCCCCCUCGAGCCACUCUUUACAAGGUAUUGUGGUGGAUAUUUGCAAUCCCAGUAGUGGUGCUGGACGUGAAAAUAUAUGGCCAAUGGUUCACAAAAGGAAGGAGAUUCCUAUGCAGCGUUGCCAAUCCCACCAGCCAACUCUCCGUCAUCGGAAACUUGGUCGGGGCUCAGGCAGCCGGACGAAUGGGGUGGAAGGAGAGUGCAUUGUGCUUAUUUUCUCUGGGGAUCGUUCAUUAUUUAGUACUGUUUGUGACGCUUUAUCAGCGGUUCUCUGGAGUCGACCGGCUUCCUUCCAUGCUCCGGCCGGUGUUCUUUCUUUACAUAGCAGCUCCAAGCUUCGCGAGCUUGGCUUGGGAAUCCAUUUCUGGGGCCUUUGAUGCACCUUCCAAGAUGCUCUUUUUUCUCUCCCUUUUUCUAUUCACCGCCCUGGUUUGCAGGCCUUUACUAUUCAAGAGGUCAAUGAAAAGGUUCACUAUAGCAUGGUGGGCCUUCUCCUUCCCAAUCUCAGCACUUGCUAUUGCCUCCAUUCAAUAUCAUCACCAAGUUCAAGCUCUCCCAGCCAAAAUUCUAAUGCUACUUCUUCUUACCAUCUCAGUUUUUGUCGUCGUCUCCCUUGUCGCCGCCACUGUACUCAACUCUGGCUUACUCUUGCCCGACGACGACCCACUUUUCAAUCCCUCCACUCAACGCAACUCAACUCUGGACGGAUCUCAUCGUCAAGAACCAUUAACUUAAUUAAUAAAUGGAUAUUGAAGAAAAAAAAAAUUAAGAAGACACCGACUGUUAUCGUCCUUGCUUUGUUGUUGUUUAGAUUCAAAUAUUGAUUAGGUAGAGCUCUCUUAGAUUAUUACAAUUUUGUAUUCACUUUAUAUAUCACAAGUAAAUAAUUUUCAUAAUCCAAAAGUUGCAUUACAAAAUGUUAUUCA